ACUUCUCACAGACUCUUUACGAAGAGAGAAAAGCAAGACGAAGAAACAAGAAGACUAAGAAUCAGUAGGAGAGCGAUCAUGGCGACGAGAGCUAACAUGCCUGAACAAGUCAGAGGUGUUCCCGUCGCGGAUGGUGUUAAGAUUCAGAACAAAAACGGUGCCGUGAAGAAUCGUCGCGCGCUCGGCGACAUCGGAAAUCUUGUUUCCGUUCCCGUAGUUCAAGGAGGAAAGCCCCAACCUCCGAUUAAUCGACCCAUAACCCGAAGCUUCCGUGCUCAGCUAUUAGCGAAUGCCCAAAUUGAGAGAAAACCAAUCAAUGUUGACAACAAGGCUCCGGUUCCUGCCCCAAAGAAACGACAACCUCUUGCUCCAAGAAACCAGGAAGCUCAAAGGGCGAUCUCGAAGAAGAACCUAGUGAUUAAGCCUGAAGAAGUGGUUGAGCCAAAGAAGGAGGAGAAGCGAAAGGACGUAGCAGCAGCGUCACCUAAGAACAAGAACGUGACUUACUCAUCAGUUCUCAGUGCUCGGAGCAAAGCUGCAUGUGGUAUAACCAACAAGCCAAAGAUUCUCGAUAUUGAUGAAUCUGACAAAGACAACCAUUUGGCUGCAGUGGAGUACGUUGAUGAUAUGUACUCUUUCUAUAAAGAAGUCGAGAAGGAGAGCCAGCCGCAGAUGUAUAUGCACAUUCAGACCGAUAUGAAUGAGAAGAUGAGAGCCAUCUUGAUAGAUUGGUUACUGGAAGUUCACAUCAAGUUUGAGCUUAACCUUGAAACUCUCUACCUCACUGUCAACAUCAUUGAUCGAUUCCUUUCUGUGAGAGCUGUCCCCAAAAGAGAAUUACAGCUAGUGGGAAUCAGUGCCUUGCUCAUUGCUUCCAAAUAUGAAGAGAUCUGGCCUCCGCAGGUUAAUGAUUUGGUGUAUGUCACGGACAAUGCUUACAACAGCAAACAGAUUCUAGUGAUGGAGAAAACCAUCCUUGGAAACCUCGAAUGGUAUCUGACAGUCCCAACUCAAUACGUCUUCCUUGUCCGCUUCAUCAAAGCUUCCAUGUCUGACCCAGAAAUGGAGAAUAUGGUUCACUUUCUCGCUGAGUUGGGGAUGAUGCACUAUGACACCUUGAAGUUCUGUCCCUCCAUGCUUGCUGCUUCAGCUGUUUACACAGCGAGAUGCUCACUGAACAAGUCCCCUGCUUGGACUGAUACCUUGAAGUUCCACACUGGCUACUCAGAGUCUGAGAUUAUGGAUUGCUCAAAGCUUCUAGCUUUUCAUCACUCGAGAUGCGGAGAGAGCAGAUUACGUGCUGCGUACAAGAAGUACUCUAAGAUAGAGAAAGGAAGUGUUGCUCUGGUGUCACCAGCCAAGUCUCUCUUGAGUUCUGCUGAUUUGAAGAAGCCUCUUUCUGCUUAGUGGCGUUUUUCUUUUGGAAAACAGAGUCAGACAUGAACAAGCAAUUGUGUUUUUUUUCUACAUCAGAUCUCUCUCUGAUUCAAUUUUAGAUUCGAUCGACUUUAUUACAUAAUAACUCUUUGUUAUGAGUUCAAACUUAUUAAUGAAUUCUUAUCAGUGAUGUUUUCUACUAA